AUGGAGGAAACAAUAGCCGAAUUACGACGUCAGAUUGAAGAACAGCAAAGGCUGCGAGAAGCGGCAGAGCGCCGUGAGGAGGAGGAGAGACAGGCCCGCCAGCGUCUAAUUAUCGGCCCUCUCACUGGAAACCAGAUCGGAAAAUACACCACACACGCGCUCGCGCUCGCGCGCGUUGUCAACCGGGCGCAGCUACACCGAAGCAUUCGUCCACUGAAGGUAGCGGCAGUGAUCAAGAAUCGCAUUCGCCAUCCGCCGCAGCCGCGUCGCGCAUCCGAUCGAGCCGCGGCCAAGGCAACCACCGCCAAUCAACCCGGGGAGGUGAAAGGACACGAGCCGGCCGAGACCAUAAACAGACCCCUCGGCAAGACGGACCUUCUACGCGACCAUACUGCACCAUUGCGUGCAUCCGCGGCUUGGCUAACCGAGAACCACUGGAUAAGAAUUGCCCCAACUGGGAACUCCACGGUGGUCGGAGACACUCCAUCGGACCGCAGGAGUUCACACGUCAGCUCCAUCGUCAACUGGCCCGAGAUCGGGAGCUUGGAUUCGAACAGCUACACACAUUUCUCGCUACUGAAUUAUAUAUAUAUAUAUAUAUAA